GCUGCCGGGGCCAGCCGGGCACAGUGCGCAGGCGCGGGGUGGCCGGGAGGAGCGGCGGGGCCAUGCCGAUGAAGGGCCGCUUCCCGGUCCGCCGGACUCUCGAGUACCUGCGCAAGGGGGCGGUGGCGUUGAAGGACUCGGUGAAGGUGCUGACGGUUAACUACAACACCCACGGGGAGCAGAGUGAAGGAGCACGAAAGUUUGUUUUUUUCAACAUACCUCAGAUCCAGUAUCAGAAUCCUUGGGUUCAGAUUGUUAUGUUCAAAAACCAGACUCCAUCAUCAUUUCUUAGGUUUUAUUUAGGUGACAGUGAACAGGUUUUGGUUGACAUAGAAGGAAAGAAUCACAGAGAUAUCCUUGAGCAUGUCAAGACAAUCCUCGGAAAAAGCCAAGAGUUGCAGCAUGCAGAAGAACUAGCAAAGAAUGUCUAUUCCCAUCCUGCACAUUUUGGAAACAAGAAGUACUGUCUGCGGGAAUGCAUUUGUGAAGUAGAAGGACAAAUUCCCUGCCCAGGAUUGGUGCCUUUACCUAAGGAGCUGACUGGGAAAUUUCGUGCUGCCCAGCGAAUGGAGAAAGCCGUGUAAAUAAAGCUUUUAGCAAGAA